AUGGCCUUUGUCCGCAUCUCCAGCACUUCUAUGGGAUUACCUACGAAGUCAUCCCCCUCGUCACGGGGAUCGCAAUUGCGCUCGGAUUGGACUACGACAUUUUCCUUGUCAGUCGUAUCCUGGAGUUUCGCUUGCAGCGAUAUUCAGAUCGCGCCAGCAUUUUUCGAGGCGUGCUCAAAACUGGCGACGUCAUCUCUGGAGCAGGGCUGA